UUGUAAAUAUUCAUAAAUCCAAAAUACAAGAGAAAUUUCCAUCUUGGGGAUCCUCUUAUUUAAUAUAAACAUGCUCCAGCUAGCUCAUGUUACAACAAGUAAUAAGACACAUGUGGUUACUGUAGUCACACAGAUGGUACAUAGCUCAGCAUUACAAUGUCACCCGGUGACGAUGAUCCCAUUCAAGCAUUUAGGAAUAAAUCAGUGCUCGGACGUGCCGUAACUUCAUUCAGCUGAAUAAAAAAGUAAACUGAAGUAAUUCAUUUGGACCUAAAGAGGCGCAAUCAAGAGUCAGCUCACAGCUUCAGAGGUCACAACUAAAAAUGAGGAAUCUGCCUGUGCAGAUAUAGUAUUGGAUUCUGAUCCGAGGCUUCAGACACAUAAAGACCAUUACAAAGUCAACCUUCUAUCACCUGAAGAACAAACAUUUCCAGAAUUAAAGAACCACAAAGUCUUAGCAAGAUCUAGAGAAACUCCAUGUGUUUAUCUGUAGUCGCAUUUAUUAAUGCAACAGUGUCUUCACAAGUCUGCCUUAAACAUCAUUCAGAGAGCUGCAGCUGAACCAGAACGCUGCUGCUCGCUUUCUCAUGUUGACUAGAACAAAAGCGCCUCCCCCCCAUUUCUAAAGCUCUUACUUUUAUUAGUUUCUACACAACUGAAUUGAUUAGCACAGAAAUACAUCAAGUUCCAAACCACACAGAUUACAUCCAACUUUUCACAUACAUUCAGAUUUCUAGGUAUUCAUGUUACAUUUCAGAAAUCAAUCCAAUGUAAACACAUGCAGCAGGUCUGGCAGUAGACAGAAAGCUGCUUUAACCGGAUUGCUGUUCUAAUUUUUUCAAUACUUCUGAGGUAAUACAAAUGGUAAGUACAACACUUUUUUGUAAGUAAAAUAUUUUAAUUUGUUGUUUCCUCUAAGGUGGAUGUGUGGCUCACUUCCUGUGUCACUCAUGACAUUUCCAUCAAAUGGCUACAUGGGCCCAAUCAAAAUAGACCCGGGGUCUAUCUUGGUCAGACAGUUGCAGCGGUCUGCAAGAUCCCGAUGGCUUUAUCGUGUUCUCAACCGAUCUCAUCUUCUGUCAGAUUGGAUCCCAAGACGGGUCUGGUGUGUUCUGGGCAGAAGGGUUUGUUGUUUUUGUUAUAACCGUCCAGCCCACUUUGGUCCAAGUCUUCUAUGCAUCUCUGGGAUACGAUCUAAACAUGGAAAAGAAGCAUUAGUCUCUGCUAAUCUGGAACAAACUUACAGAAAACAGCAAAAAUACAAAGACCCUGAGAUCCAUUAAAUUAAAACCCAUUUCUUUAGACUUGCCCUUGAGAAAUAGCAACUGGAACAUCAUUGUGUCUCUAUGCCAACUUUUUAUUGUUUUUCCUUUACGUUUUCACUGCACAGUAAUGUUUCUUGCUGGUUUGUUGUUUCAUUUUUUCGUCAUGUAAAGCUAGGUGAGUUGCCACAUUGAUUAAGUGUAUAAUACAGAUAAAUUUGCUUUGCCUUACCUUUAGACCUCACUUCAAAAAUUGGAAACAAUCCGGUUAAGGUAAGGGGCCCUGCACUGACUCCAUUCCUUCGUGGGCAGUGCCCUAAAACCUACACAACUAAAUCAUACGAUUAAAUUGCCCCCCUUAGCAUGCAGUCAAGCUCUGCAGAGCUGUAGUGAAGAGCUAAUCAGUUGAGUCAGAUGUGCUGAAGCAGACAUACAUCUAAAAGCCCGUUAGGAUUUACGUUUGAAAUGCCUGAUGUAAGGGUUUUUCUCCGGCCUGUAGAGCACAAUUUGGAUGACUUACAUAUCCAUCUGAACAACAGUGUUUGACUCGCUCCUUUUUAGGAACGUUCUUCAAUAUCUCUUUUGUCAUGAUUUUCAGGGCGGUGAAGUGAGACGUGACAACAGUCAUUGAUCUGAAGAGACAUCUUCCAAAACCAAGGAACCCACAAAGGUGGACCAAGAAAAUGUACCAUGGAGCCAGGCAGCAAUCUGGCAAACGGAUCUCUGGAACCUUCAUUACACAAGAUGAUCGGUCCAUCCCCCUGGACAUGGUCGACAGUUCAGUUGACGACAUGUACUCUACCUGCGCUACAAAGAUGGAAGCAAAGGUCAAAGGCACGUACUUCAAAAAGGAAAUGAGGGACGUCUUCAAAAAUGUGUGGAUAUCAUCAGAAAAGUGUGCAAAGAAGAAAAUCAAAGAAAGAGAGAGAGGAGAUGGGGCUUUAACAAAAGAUCACCUGCAAGCAAUUUGUGCGUACACAGCUGGAGGACCAGAAAACCUCUAUAAGACAUUCAACGACGCAGUCCGGACCAACAGAGCACAGUACAGUUCAACCUUUCCAUUCCAUUCUUUACAUUUCUGGCUGACCAGAGCGAUACAGGUCCUCAAAACCAGAGACGGUAAAUGUCGCACAACUUUCCGCAGAACUAAAUCCCAAUUCACUGGCGUUGUCAGCAAAGUGAUUCGGUUUGGCACUUUUACCUCGACCUCCAACUUACCAACUCUGACCAGCUUUGGUACGACGACAUGCUUUGAAAUUAGAACCUGCCACGGGGCGUAUUUGAAAAAAUACCCAAAGCUCGGAGACAAAGAGCAAGAGGUGCUCAUUCCACCUUAUGAGACGUUCAAAAUAAUCAGCAAAGAUAAACCCAUACAGCAACUUUCCGACUGCAAGACUGUUUACAUUCUGAAUAGCACUGGUGUCCAAAGCAAUCUUGACUGCCAACUUAUAGAAUAAAUACUUUGGUAAUUGUUUUUUUUUUCUCUCUCUCUCUCAUUCUCUUUUAAACCCGUAAUUAUGUAACUAUGUAUUUUAAUCUAAAUUUACACUUCUGGCAUUUUAAAACAAUGUCAUUCACAAAAAAGAGAAGGACUUAGAGAUGUUUUCUUGAUGCUGUGUAUUUUUUUUUGUUUUGUUUGUGAAUACACAGCACAAUGACCCCUAAAGGAAAAUCAGGUCUGGUUUAAAGUUGUGGGGAAGAUUAAGGAAGGGUUAUUAAGCUUUAAAACAACAUCUCUGCAGCCGUUGAACACGUCAAAAGCGCUUUUUAAUCCAUCAUCUGGAAAAAGAAAGAGUUGUUGUUUUUUUUAAUGCAUGGGAAUAUAUUUUUCAGAGGACAAAUGUUUUUGACAUGUUUUACCAAUAGUAUUGCAUUUGUAAAGUCUGUAAAAUAAUGAAUACUUGAAAAAUGUUUAAGAAUCAUUCAUGUUUUAUUGCAUUCUGUAAGUUGAAUAAAUUGCCGGGUUUCACAUUUUUGUACAGGUUUCCGCUUCAAUGAGUAAGGUGAAAAUAAAAGUUAGUUUUUUCCUGAAAAGUGUGUUCAACUCCUUUC